AUGAGCAAGCAGGAUUCAAUAACAUCUUGCUUGGCCAAAAUGUACGAGAGCAAAUUUGACCAUUCUACAGGCCCUGGAAAAUCCCCAGUUAAGUCACCAGGAGGAGUUAAUACAAUGGACCGGAAGCUGAGUCUUUUGAAUGAGAAGAUGGAUAAACUGUUAAACUUUCAGGAAGAUGUCAUGGGAAAACUGGAAAUGGUUUAUCAUGGCAUGGAUGUGCUAGAAAGGGGAAUUGAUAGAUUAUCAGCUUCUCAAGGACAUUGUCUAAGAAAAGAAGAACAAUGUGACACCAGGGAAGGCAAUGAGCAGUUCAAGGUGCAAGGUGGCUUCAAUGAGUUACUCCAUUUAUUUAAUGUGCUGCAUAUGGAUUCUGUCAUCCAACAAGAAAAGCUUGACGGCCUCCAGAAACUGGUUUUCACUAUGGAUAAGGUGGUGGAAUUUGUAGGAAACACAUUGAAAAACUCAAAAAUUGUGGACUUCAUUUUGAAGGGUACAGUGCCUUGGAGGAAAGAGACAUAUGAAGAGGCUAAAGAAAAAUCUGAAGAAAAAGAGACAAGACCAAAACAUGUGGCCUCCAGCAGAGACUCUCAGGCUGAGAUAUUGCAGGCUGCAACAGGUGCCCAUAGAAGCAAUACAGCAGAAGACAAAAAGACCACUGUAAAAGCACCUCAGUGUAGCGGCUCUCAGAACAAAGUUGAGAGCACAGGUGAACAACCUCCUGUAGAUACAGUGCAGCACCCAGAAACAGCUCCUCCCCAGGAGCCAUGUGCUCAGAAAGUAGCAUGCAAAAAAACCGAAGAGAGAAGUAUUCAUGUUGACCCAAAUGUCCCUCACUGUCAUUGUUCUCACAGCACCACAGACCAGUGCACCCGGCCUGAAGAACAUAAAAUACCAGAAGAACCUGGGGGAUGUAAAGGCAACCUCAACAGGAAAUCAGCCCCCAUGGUUUCUCCACCUUGUAUAGAUGUUCAUCUUCCAAGGGAAUCUUGUCAAAUUCAAGUGGGAAAAAUACAGGUUCCCAGCUCAGAAAUCAAGACAAAUAAACUAACACAACACAAGAGUAGUCAGGAACUUGCAUCUCAGGGAGCAGAAGUUAAAAGUAAGCACAAGCCAGCAUCCUCUGCUGCCAAGACAGCAAAGGUUCAGAUCUACCAGGGUUCAGCAGAGAAGACAACUGAUGUGGACAAAGUACAAGAAUAUGUAAAAAGUGAUGACAAAGAAACUGUUCAAGAAUUGAAAAGUGGGGUAAAGCUGGAAAAAAAUAACCCGAGUAACAAAGGCUAUGACACCGUACAAUCAACAGAUCAGACACAGGCUUCCAGGUCACCAGAUGAAACCACUAAAGUGCCAGAAGCCUCUUCUCUACAUAUAGUUGAUGACUGUCCGCCCCCUCCUGCACCGUUCACCCACCGAAUAGUGAGCAUCAAGCAAGCCAUCUUAUCAUCCUGCUUCUCAGUGUGCCAGCAUGAAGUCCUGGGAGGGGGGCGGUUUGGUCAAGUUCACAAGUGUGUGGAGAUCUCAUCUGGGCUGCGCCUGGCUGCAAAAAUCAUCAAAGUGAAAGCACCCAAGGACAGGGACGAUGUGAAGAAUGAAAUUAAUGUAAUGAACCAGUUAAAUCAUGUCAACCUGAUAAAGUUAUAUGAUGCCUUCGAGUGCAAGAACGACCUGACCUUAAUAAUGGAAUAUCUGGAUGGAGGGGAAUUAUUUGACAGGAUCACAGAUGAGAAUUACCACCUGACUGAGCUGGAUGCCAUCAUGUUUACCAAACAGAUCUGUGAGGGAAUUUACUACCUGCACCAACAGUAUAUCCUUCAUCUGGACCUCAAGCCGGAGAAUAUUCUGUGUGUGAGCCGCACAGGAAACCAAAUUAAGAUUAUUGAUUUUGGGCUGGCAAGAAGGUACAAACCACGAGAAAAGCUGAAAGUAAAUUUUGGGACUCCAGAGUUUUUGGCGCCAGAAGUGGUAAAUUACGAUUUUGUGUCCUUCCCCACGGACAUGUGGAGUGUAGGAGUCAUUACCUACAUGCUACUAAGUGGUCUGUCUCCAUUUUUGGGUGAAAGUGACGCAGAGACCAUGAACUACAUUGUUAACUGUAACUGGGAAUUUGACUCUGAGACAUUCGAUCAAGUAUCAGAAGAAGCCAAAGACUUUAUAUCCAGUCUGUUAGUGAAAGAAAAAAGCUGCAGACUAAGUGCCGGUCAGUGCCUGAAACAUUAUUGGCUUGCAAACCUGCCUUUAAAAGCAAAAACAUAUAAAGUGCGUCUCAAGUCACAGGUCAUGCUUCAGAGAUACAUAGCCCAGAAGAAAUGGAAAAAACACUUCUAUGUGGUCACUGCUGCAAAUCGUCUCAGGAAGUUCCAACUACUAUCCACUAAGCCCUCAUAGAAUGAGAAUGGAUCACAGCUACAAAGAACAACCAUACAGCCAUCUGGUCACUGAAUACCGUGAGAGCUGUGGCAACACAAGGAUUUUAAGAAAUCAGCUCCUACCAUUUCAGUAGAAUAAUACAAAUGUUGUUAUUUUGCAUAUAGUAUGUAAGUAGAGUUCACAAGCCACAAAGCAGUGGUCUUCAGGAGUGUUGAAGCUUUCACUCAAUCCCUUCUUCUUGCCUUUCCAUAAAGGACUACGAGAAGACAGUAAAUACAUUGUCCUGCCAAUCUGUAUGGUCUGACAAACUGGAAAAAAGUAGGAGGUAUUGGAGAAAAAACUCUGGAUCCUUAGGCGCAAACCAUGGUGCAAGACCAGCCGUUAUUGUUGAAACCACGCUCGUGGACUUUAUUGGGAAGUAUAUACAUUAACACAUUCUGAGACUAAGCAGCCUCUUUACGAAUGUAAAUAUAUUUGCAUGUGACAAAGAGACAGCUUAGUCUAUAAAUGUGCACAAUGGUUUGUGUCAAAGCAUUGUUUUUUUUUUCUCUCUAAUAUUUCUUACACUUUAAUUCUUAAGGCAGGAGUGAACUUGUAAACUGAUUCAUGGAAGGCUGCACCACCAUGUUUAUCUUCCUAUACAAGCUGUUUUCACUACAUUGCUUUUUUGCUGACCCAAACAUAUUGUCCAUUGUCCAUCUGUAUUUUUUAUUUAUACGUAUUAAACUGGAAGAAUGGGCAUUAUAGAUUACACAGUGCAAUAUUUUAUUUCUAAAGUGAAAAAAUAAAUUCCCGGAUGUCCUUUGGCAGCACACGAAAGGGCUAAUGAAUUCUUAUUGGCCUAGAAAUGAGAUAACAAGGACAAUUACUUAAUCAGCACCUGAUCAUCUACCUAUAAAACAGAGGAAACUACACAAAACUUAUUUUUUUUCACUUUAGGUGCUGCCUCUGUAUGCAGGAAUUUUCCGGGUCCCUGGGACUGGAUAUUUAGGGCUGUAUACAAGGAGUUUUCCUGGUCCCUCCUUAACUUUUAACCCCGCUGAUCUUAAGCACCUUUUUGAAGCUAUGCUGCUUUACCAUCUGUUACAACUGCAUAUGGGGGUUACUAUUAGCCAGUUGGUCCAUACAAAUACUGCAUAUGUAUUUAUAUGUUCACAUUUAAUUACUAUGUGUCUUUCUUUGUAGUAUAGCAUUGCCAUUAUAAUGGCUUCAGUUUGUCUGCCACUAUUGUGUGUUCUUCUUCUGUAUGUUUCAAGAUGGGACUGGUUGCUAUGACAGGGCAUGGUAACACUAAACACUGCGCAAACAUGGCUGCUUCUGCACUUGUGUGGGUCGGUGAUCUUGUUAAAAUUGCCUUAAUACACCACACUCGUGACCAUACUCUGUCAGGACAGAUCCUUUAGCUGUUAGGUUCUAGAGUGCCUGAGCCUCCUCACUUUUCUGUCCUUGGUGUGCCUUCUACAUAUACACUGCUCAAAAAAAUAUAGGGAACACCUAAACAACACAAGUCAAUCACACUUCUGUGAAAUCACACUGUCCACUCAGAAAAGCAACACUGAUUGACAAUCAAUUUCAUUGCUGUUGUGCAAAUGGGACAGACAACAGGAGGAAAUUAUAGGCAAUUACCAAGACACCCCCAAUAAAGGAGUGGUUCUACAGGUGGUGACCAAAGACCACUUCUCAGUUCCUAUGCUUCCUGGCUGAUGUUUUGGUCACUUUUGAAUGCUGGAGGUGCUUUUACUAUAGUGGUAGCAUGAGACGGAGUCUACAACCCACACAAGUGGCUCAGGUAGUGCAGCUUAUCCAGGAGGGCAGAUCAGUGCGAGCUGUGGCAAGAAUGUUUGCUGUGUCUGUCAGCGUAGUGUCCAGAGCAUAGAGGCGCUACCAGGAGACGUGGAGGAGGCCGUAGGAGGGCAACAACUAAGUAGCAGGACCACUACCUCUGCCUUUGUGCAAGGAGGAGCACUGCCAGAGCCCUGCAAAAUGACCUCCAGCAGGCCACAAAUGUGCAUGUGUCCACCAAAAUGGCCAGAAACAGACUCCAUGAGGGUGGUAUGAGGGCCAGAGGUAGCCUGACUGCCAUUAGGUACCGAGAUGAGAUCCUCAGACCCCUUGUGAGACCAUAUGCUGGUGCGGUUAGCCCUGGGUUCCUCCUAAUGCAAGACAAUGCUAGACCUCAUGUGGCUGGAAUGUGUCAGCAGUUCCUGCAAGAGGAAGGCAUUGAUGCUAUGGAUUGGCCCGCCCGUUCCCCAGACCUAAAUCCGAUUGAGCACAUCUGGGACAUCAUGUCACGCUCCAUCCACCAAUGCCACAUUGCACCACAGACUGUCCACCUCAUCAGAAAUAUGCCCAGGUGUUGUAGGGAGGUCAUACAGAAAUGUGGAGGCCACACACACACUACUGAACCUCGUUUUGACUUGUUGUUUUAAGGACAUUACAUCAAAGUUGGAUCAGCCUGUAGUGUGGUUUUCCACUUUGAUUUUGAGUGUGUCUCCAUAUCCAGACCUCCAUGGGUUGAUAAAAUUGAUUUCCAUUGAUAAUUUUUGUGUGAUUUUGUUGUCAGCACAUUCA